AUGAAGCCUGUCUCCUCUGUCUUGUUAAUAGCGGCUGUCUUAUUUUCCACUCACAUUCCCCCAAGUAUAUGUAGACCACGGGAUUUAAGCCUGUUUGACCGCCAUGACUACAAGAACCAGCUGGAUGAAGUUUUGCUCAGGGGUGGAAAGGGCGAGGAAAUGCCCUUCUUCCGCGGUGGAAACAGUCGAUGGUACGCGCAAAGAAACGCGUCGCGCUCCCCAACUUUUCCCAGCCUGAACAGUUUGGAGGAGCUUGUGGGUUUGACUAAGAGGAAUGACGAUCCGCCCAUAUCGAUCGAUCUCACCUUUCAUCUGUUGCGCAAUAUGAUCGAAAUGGCGCGUAACGAGAAUCAGAGGGAACAGGCAGAACUGAACCGCAAAUAUCUGGACGAGGUCGGGAAGUAAAAACGCAUCCUUGAACAGGAUAAUGAGCUCGACGCAAUCUCAGACCUCAGUUUGCUUUCUUGAUUUUUUGCUAAAGCAUUAUACAACUCUAAUGGGAAAGAAAUAUGACUUA